AUGGAAAACAGGGAGGUAUAUUUUGAUGUGCCACAGCGAGUUCUAGAUUGGCUGUUCCAAGUUCUUCAACCGAAUUAUUACGAUCCAAGGACAUGUUUCCAUGAUGUAGUUGCGUUAUUGUCCAAUGUGAAAAGUUUAGCCCCUAGAAGUAGAGUGUUUACAAACAAGAUUGGUGGUUCAGAGCUGCUCUUGUGUCUCUAUGGAAAAAUUGAAGAUGUAGAUAUACUAAUAUGGGUACCUUCCGAAUAUCCCAUAAUGCACCCAAUGGUAUAUAUUGACUUUGAACUAAUAAAUGGACAUGAAUUACAGGUGAGCCAAUAUUUAGACUCAGAGGGAUUGUUUUAUCUACCUAUAUUUGCUUCAUGGAACCCUGAAGAGUGCAAUUUAUUGAAGGUUGUUUUUGAUCUAAGGAAUGCUAUAAGGAGAAAUUUCCCCCUCAAGGUUCUACAAAGACCACCACAGGUACCUCAGAAAUUACAGUCUUUUGAAGUACGAACUGAUGUCAAAUCUCCGUCUCUUCCUCCAAAGGUUCCGUCUUCCUCCUCGAGCAAAUCUACUAGCAAAUACGACACGCCUGGACUACCCCCGAAACCCCCUAGAUAUACAGAUACAGAAGCGAAUAGCAUAUUAACACGCAUGGAACUUAUGAACUCUAUAGAUUCCCUCGGGAAUGACUUUGGUGAUUUGCAUUUAUCCCCGUCAGCUAGUGCUACUUCAUUCAGACUUCCACCAAGGCCCGUAGGAAACACGGGAAUUUCACCAGCGGUGCCAGCUGCAAAACCUCUGUCGCCCCUAUUUCCAAAUUUCUUAGAUGAUGAAACUCUAACACAACAUGGAGAUGAAACUCAUCGCCAUAUGUUGCAGACGUUGCAAACCAUUAUUAAUGAAUUAGCAGCAUCUACGGCACCAAACUACGAUAUGGAGUGGCGAAGACGUUCUUCAAUGAUAAAAGGUGCCAUUGACAAAUUUUAUCUUCUGUACAAACAUGAAUGGAAUAACUUAGAACAGUUGAGAAGUACCUUGAAGGAGAAUACUCAAACGUUGCACCAGGAGAUAUCCAAAAUCAACGAAGAACUAGACAAAGAUAGCGCAUUCAAAGAAAAAUAUCCACAAGAUUCAUUUAAUUUGAUUGAUUACAUUGUUGCCGAAACAGUCGCACUAAAUCAGCUUUAUGAACUGACGGCCAAGCACCACGCAAUCUCUGAUGGUAUUCAACUACUAUCUCAAAUGUUAAAUCAGGGCAAGAUUUCAGUAGAUAUAUUCGUAAAGAAGACAAGAAUGCUUGCCAGAGAUCAAUUCUUAACUAAAGUUCACAUAGACAAAAUAGUAAAGCUGCUGAAAUAG